AAAUAACCCGGUCCUGGCUCCUGCGCCCCGAGCUACCCCCUGCAUCGCUCAGUGACAAAUUUAAUUGGUUUUCAUUUUCAACAAGUAGGAGAAAAAUUGAUUUUCAUAUUUUGUGUUUGUUUUAAAGAUUUUCUCCUCCCCUGAUACAGUCCGUAUGUGUAGAGGGGACAAUUUUGGGUGAUUCCCCUCAUUUCCCCACUGAUUUGAAAACAAUACAAAGGGGUUAGGGAGGUCUGAAAGCCCAAAUCCCAGUCCGACAGUUUUCAGUUCAUUCUCACCCCAGGUCCACCCGCCAUUGGCCAAUUGCACUAGGCCAGGAGGGGGCACCACAAAGGGGGCACCAGUGGGGGGGUGACAGCAGCAAGCAGGGUCCUGGAGGAAUUAGGAGAAGGUGGUGAGUGGGGGAAGGGGGGCUCCCCGUUCAGAGGGGGUCCCAUCCCCACCCCUACCCUUUUCCCUCUCCCACCACAGAUGGCGGAGAUGGCAGAGAUGAGAGAGAAGGCAAACAGAGGAGCAGUAGAAGCUGCCAGGAGGGAAUAUGGACUAUUUGUGAAGCAGCUGCAGGACCGUGGCCACCAGAGCAUGAGCAGCUGUCUGAGAGUGAAGCCCCUGGAGAUGAAGCGACGCCAGGAGGGGAAACGCCAGGAGCUGCUGAAACGCUGCCGGGGGGAGCUGCAGGGCGAGGACCCCCAGAAACAGGCAGCCCUGGAGGAGCUGAAGCAGGAGCUGGACAAGCAGAUGGACGAGUUCCUGUCGGCCUACGGGCAGCGCUUUAAAAUGGCUGCAAUGGAGGCAAACAAGAAAGCUGUAGAAGUUGCCUUGAAGGGAUAUGAACACUUUUUGCAGAAGCUGGACCGUGACCACCAGAGCAUGAACCACUGCCUGAGUGUGAAGCCUGCGGAAAUGCAUCAACGCCUGGAGGGGAAACGCCAGGAGUUGCUGGAGUGCUGCUGGAGGGAGCUGGGGGGCGAGGACCCCCAGAAACAGGCUGCCCUGAAGGGGCUGAAGCAGGGACUGGCCAGUCAGAUGGCCCAGUUCCUAAUGGCCUACAGACAGCGCUUUAAAGAGAAGACGUACAUAUGGUGGGGCCUGCGCAUUGUAGAGGGUGCCGUGGUAGUGGCGGGUGGGAGUGUUGGAGGACGCAUCGGUUUGAGUGUAGCUGCGGCUAUGGUGGCGGGUGCAGAACGUUUUAUGGGGCUAGAUAGAUAGAUAGAUGGGUUUAUUGGAAAAAUAUAAACAACUUACCACAGGUAGCUAGAUUUCAAAAGGACACAGUGGGGUCACCAAGAUCAAAAUCGAGCCCUGACCCCAUUGAUGUCAGUCAAUAAAUAACCUGGCCCUGGAUCCUGUGCUCUGAGCCGCCCCCUGCAUCCCUCCAUUGCAAGUUUCAUUGUUUUUCAUUUUCAACAAGUGUGAGAACAAAUAAUUUUCAUAUUUUGAGUUUGGUUGGGUUUUUUUUUUACAUUUUCUCCCCACCUGAAAAAAUGUGUGUGGAGGGGCAAUUUGGGUUUUUUUUCCCCUGCUGAUUUGAAAAUGAUACCAGUUGGUGAGGGAGGUUAGAAAACCCCAAAAUCCUAUUUUUCAGUUUAUUCUCCCAAUGAAAGCCAAAUUUUCCCACCAAAAAGUCACUUCAAAAGCAACAGUUUUCCCUCAAAAAAUGUUUUUUUGUGAUUAAAAUUCAUGUUUUUGG